AUGGAUGAGAUGGGUGCAAAAGUUCUUGUCUUCGACAACUACCUCUCUCUUGCUAAAUGGUUCUCCAACAUCAUUGUUCUUCAUGGAAUGAAGACUAAGACAAGAAUAUCUGAUGUCAAUGUUCCUUUUUGUUCUGUAACCAAGAAAGGGAAGCUAGCCCCUCGAGCCAAGAAAUGGUAUUUUGUUGGAUAUCCAAGUGGUGUAAAAGGUUAUAGGAUAUGGUGUCCUGAAAAUAGUAAAUGUAUCAUCAGCAAGGAUGUUAAGUUUUAUGAGCUUGAGCUAUAUAAGCCUGUAAACAAUGCUGCGAAUAAAGGCUCACAUCAAAUUGAAGAUGAGAGGAUUGAUCUUGAGGUGGAGAAAGAUGAAGAAAACCGGAGAACGUUCUUGGAACAACAACAGAUUCAACAAGACAGAACUGAGAGGUUUGAUCUUGAGGUGGAGAAAAUUGCAGAUAAACGGAGAAUGUUCUUGACUUCAGCCAUAGAAAAGGUGAAAGAUCAACAGAAGUCAAGAACGUUCUUGACUUCUGAACAUCAACAGGCACAAUAA